AUGGCAGAUCCUAUUGACCCACGCCUCUACGCCUCGUCGUUGCCGCCGCACACGCAGUCGUACACGCCUGCACCGCAGCACAACGCCGGACAACCCUACUACCUGCCCUCGGGCUCUCAACACCAGGCCCCGCAGCUAUCGCAGCCUGCCCCGCUCAGCCAUGCCCUCGAUCCCGCGCUCCAACAGACCUCUCCCACCGGGCCUGAGGCCUCGCUCGACGAGGACGAGCAGGACGACGAGGGCGAUCACGAUGGUAGUGCACAUGAGACGCCAGGCUCUACCAAGUCUCCAGGCGACUUCAAGCGCCCCAGGGCAUGCGAUUCCUGUCGAGGGCUAAAGGUUCGCUGUGACCAAGAACGACCAGAUCAGUCAUGCAGACGCUGCGCAAAGGCCGGCCGCCUAUGUAUUACGACCCCUCCCACGCGAAAGCGCCAGAAGAAGGCCGACAGUCGCGUUGCCGAACUCGAACGCAAGAUCGACGCACUGACGGCGACACUACACGCGCAGAAAACAGGAGUCCCCGACGUCAAGCACCACGGAGGCAUACCGCAGUACGAUGGCAACACUCCCGCAACGGCCUUGCCCGAAGGCUCCUUCCGCGCGGGCACGCUCAGUCACGACUGGUCCAAUUCUCCCGCAAAUAGGUACUCGGAUAUCCCACCCGGUUAUGGCCCGGCGCAAACUAUCCAGCGUGGUCCUGAACCUAAGCGGAGGAAGCUGGCUGAUGGCCAUGCUUCGAUACCCGAGGACAUGGAUGCCCUCCACCGCGACCUCGCCGAGCAUCCUGAGAUGAAGCGGAGUGGCAGAACCAAGAUCCACGCCGACCACCAGCACAUCAACGGCCUUGUCGAUAACCUGAUGAGUCCAGAUGUUGCGGAGCGCGUCUUCCUUCGCUAUGUGAACGACAUCUGUCCACAUUUCCCCGCCGUGCCUUUCCCGCCGGGCACCACAGCCCGCGAGAUUCGGGACAAAAAGCCUCUUUUAUUCCUAUCGAUAUUGGCCGGCUCGUCUCAUGGCAGUGCAGAGCAAUUAGUCUCCCAAGAUGUACAGCGAGAGUUGACCAAGAUUCUCAAAGACCAGCUUGCAGAUAUCAUCUGGCGUAAUGGGGAGAAGUCGCUCGAGAUUGUGCAAGCACUGCAAGUCGCAGUACUAUGGUACCGUCCACCUUUGCACUUUGAACAGCACAACUUCUACAUGAUGGUCAACUGCGCUACCAUCAUGGCGCUUGACCUCGGGCUUGGGAGGAAGGCGACCCCAAAUGUCAUGAAGCUCUCAAUUGGUCCCUUCCGGGGCUAUCAUCCCAACUCGAGCAGCAUCGAGGCGCGACGGACAUUCCUUGUCUGCUAUUACCUCUGCAUGAGUAUCACAAUGGUACUUAGACGGCCGAUUCUUCUCCGCUGGACCAAGUACAUGGAGGAGAGCCUCAAGAUACUCGAGACCGCGCCUGACGCACUUCCAUCCGACCAACUGCUUUGUCGACAAGUCAAGAUGGCCCGUAUUGGCGAGAAUAUCUCAAUCCAGUUCUGCAUGGACGAUCCUUCCAUGGAGAUGGUCAUUUCGGAGCCAAAGGUCAUUUAUGCGUUGAAAAUGUUUGAGAACGACCUUCAGCAAUUGCGGGAUGAGAACGCCAAAAUGGGUGAGGUUGAUCCUACUUUGCGCCUGGCUGAGCAUGUGACAAAUCUCUAUCUCCACGAGAUUGCUCUUCACCAGAACCAGAAUGCAGCGGACUUCCAACCCCCCUUUACUUCAGAAACAUUGUCGUCCGGGGUCAAAAAGGACGUUCCGAUCGGCCCUGCACAUAUUGGUGCCCUAGGCGAAUGUCUCACUGCUACGCAUGGCAUCUUAGACACGAUCUUGAGCAUACAAUUCGACAUCCUUCUAACCCUGCCUGUCAUCUUCUGUGUCCGAGCUAUAUACGCCAUUGUUUGCCUGAUGAAGAUGUGGGUCUCCGUCACCAGCUCUGGCGAAGUCAGCAGCGUCAUUAAGAUGGAAGACCUUGAGAUAGAGUCGUACACCGAGCGUUUAGUCGCCAUGUUCAGCGCAAUCGUCUCUCGCGAUGCCCAGUCUCCACACGGUAAAUUCUACUUCGUCGCGAAACGUCUACAGGAGCGAUUCGUCCAAAUCAAGGAGGGUACGGCAAGGGCAGAUCAACCAGACGGCGACUACGAGUCUAGCCAAACUAGCUACCAAGGACCGAAACCUCCUUCUCAGCAGUCCUCUGCGAACCAGACCCCACUCCAUCUCCUCUCUGAGGUCGCUAUGGGCAGCAGCAACAAUGCCUCUUCCCAGAGCCAAGCGCAAUCGCACGCCCGCUCUCAGCAGCAGGCUCAAGCCGCUUUAGCAGCGCAAGCACAACAACCUCAACCGCCCAUGCAACAGAGUUGGUUUCCCGGCGUGUCAGCACAAGUCCCGGACAUGACGGGCCUCCAGCAGCCCGCUUUCGACAUGAACUUCGAUUUCACGCAGUUCGACUUGAGUACUGGCUCGGAUGCGGACCUGUCGGCGUUAUUUAUUCCAGAUUCAAUGGCGAUGUGGAGCUAUCCUCUGGAUCCGGCUUUGCCAGGCUAUAAUGGGUUCUAG